AGUAAGCAAGAACAUAUUUCUUACCGAUCAUAUUAUAACGACGGACUCUUACGUAGUUCCGCCCCCCAGACAACUUCCUGUCUACGUCUGGUGAAGCGCGGGGAAUCUUGACAGUCGCCGAGCAUUACAUACGACACAGUCUGUUUAAAAAACAGUUGUUUGUUUGUUAUCGAUUUUAACUUUGUCUGAGUUAAAAUGCGAACUUUAGAGGAGGUUCAGGCCACGUUACAGAUCGCUAAACUGAAAGAAGAGGACCUACAGGAAACCAUCCACUGUCUGUCUUUUGGGGAGAAUGUGUCUUCUGCAGAUUACUGUCUGUUGGAGCUGGACGACACACUGUGCAAACACAUAGAAACUGGACAAAGCCUUGUGAUCCGGGGAGAUAAAGAUGAACAUGCAGUUCUCUGCAGUGGUGAUAAAACCUAUGAUCUGAAAAUAGCAGACACCUCCAACCUGCUGCUGUUUUUGCCAGGAUGCAAAACUCCAGACCAACUUCCUAAUAACCAGGACAGUCAGCAGGUGGUUCACACACAGGUGUGGGGAUUCUGUAACAGCUACUGGGAACUGAGAAAAAGACAUCCCAAACUGAAGAAACUGACAAAGCUUUUAAUGGAGAAUCCGUAUGAAGGACCUGCUCUAGGAGGACAGGAGGAAAUCACAGAAAACAGAUAUACAAUGGAAGAUCUGCUGGAGAGGAUCCAGGCCAGUGAAGAGGAAAUUAAGGCUCACCUAGAGACAAUCCACGUCUGUCAGAUUGAUGGCUUCUGGCGAGUCCUGGACUUUGACUAUGAAAUGAAGCUGCUCGGUCACAUAACUCAGCUGGUGGAUUCUGAGUCCUGGCCCAUUGAUAAGGUUCCACUUCAGACCACACUAGAAGAGUUAGAACCACUGGAGCCGAGAGCAAUGAUUGAGCAUUGUUUGAGCUGCUAUGGCAAACGUUACACAGAAAAUGACAACGUGUUCUAUUCACUGCAUGAAGAUAAAGUCUGUCGAGGUUUGGCACAGCUGCUGCUGCAGAAUGCUGUCAAGUUCAACUUGAGGGAAUUUCAGGAAGUCUGGCAGCAGAGUGUCCCUGAGGGUAUGAGCACCAGACUGGACCAGCUGAGAAGCCUGGCCCUGGUUGACCGGAUGUCCAACCCUGAGACUAUCUGUCUGCUUCGAGUGGACGAUCUCCCAGAAGACACUGUGGAACGCUUUAACCACCUCUUCACACUCAGAGAGAAGUGGACAGAAGACGACAUCACACCAUAUAUACAAGACCUGUGUGGAGAGAAGCAGACCACUGGAGCCCUCCUCACAAAAUAUGCUCGCUCAUCAGUGCAAAAUGGGAUUAAAGUCUUUAACUCCAGAAGACCUGUAGCCACCUGAACACAUUGACUGUUGAAUCGAUUCACAGUUACAACUACAAUUGUGAAUCUGUUUGUUUGUUUUCAGUGUCCUCAUAAGUGUGUUAAAGUUAUUGUUCUUGUACUUGUCUUCAGAAAACUCUUGGUGGCAGUAUAGGUAUUUGUUGAUAUACUGUCUUGUACAGCUGUUGCAGAUAAUCACGUUAGGUUUAACUAUUAAAAAUAUAUCCUUUCAUCAGUUUUAACAUGAUGUUAAUAAAGUGAUUUUCAAUAUAUAUUUGGUAUGUCUUUGUUUCCUUGUGUUUUUAAUUUUCAAAUUUAAUACAGAUGCAGGUGUUUUCACUUCUGAAUUUCAUCUCACUUCAUUUCCAGCAUUAAAUUCUGAGAUUAACGUAGUAUAAUGCUGGUUUCGUGCUGUAAUUUGUCCACAAGGUGGCAGCCUUUUCAAUUAUAUGAAAGCUCUGUUCACAAAAGUACAGAAACUACUUUUGGGAAAAUGUAGAACUGCCGAGUCCUUUGAAACGUCGUCAGUCUCAUUCUGAUGUGUUCCACCGGCCGCCCUUUUCAGCAGUCUUAAAUCAGGCCAUCUGUCUCCAUCUCAUUCUUACUACUGCCUCCCUAACCUUUUUUUAAUUAACUCUGUUUAUAGCCUCCAUAACGUCAUCUUCCUCCUUUCCUCCCUUCUGACAGCUCCAUCUUCAACGUCCUGUGUCCAGUACUCUACACUUUCUCUCCUCGGCACAUGUCCCUUAACUUUGUCUCCAACCUCUCUACGUCACUUCCAGCCACUCUACAUACAAAUCUCAGCAUCUUCACCUUUCAGUCAUCACACUGUAGCACGUAUCCGUACUGUAUAGUAUAGACAAAUAAUCCUGUUGUCAUUUAUUAAAAUUUAAUGGAAAUACACGUACGCCAUCAAUUGAUCGGAGAUACAUAAAAAUGUCAAUGCCAAGA